GCAUCAAACCAGCUGACGGGCUCAGAUUUUACCGUUUACCGGCCGGUGUUUCAGCCUCCUCUGUUGUCUCUUCUCCUCUCAUUGAACCGUUGGAUGUGUUUUUUGCGGGAUGCUAACAUGUUGUGAUUCACCCUGCAAGCGAUGAAUGAAACGAGCACCGAGGGGACCACCGGACCGGCGGAGGUUCUGCUGACUUCGGGCUGCCGAGCCCCGCUCUACGGGCUGGUCGGAGGAUGGAGCCGAGGCUGAGCGGGGAUGGCAAGCCGUCCGUGUCCUGGUUCCUCGGCCCUGCCCUCGUCCUCUCCAUCCUGGCUGUGUUAGUGAGCUGCCACGGGACGUGCAAGCACCGAGUCCCGUCUCCCGAGGAGGUUGUCCAUCAUGUGUACUUGAAGCCUGAGCGUCUGACGAAGAGAAGCUCCCCAGACGACCUCCAGCUGAAGAUAAAGAUCAUCUACGACUACAGCGUUGACCAGCUUCCUGCAGACAAGAGGAGACUGGUAAAGGAUAAGCUGUUUCCUCAGGCCAUCGAUUACCUGCAGAGAGCCUUCAGUGUGAGGCGCAGGGUGGGUCCUGUGCUGCUCAGCAGACAAUGCGCAACCAACCAGUACCUGAGGAAGAGAGAUGACCCUCAUCGCUACUGCCAGGACGCCUGUGCAGACGUCACCCGGUGUGGCCCUGUCGUCGUACCUCAGCACCACCUGCAGCAAUGCAAGGUGUGCAGUGAGUCAGGGAAGUCCUGUGGCCCCCUGGGGCCCCCAGAUAGCCCCGGAGUGGAAGGGUCCGACUUUGUGCUCUACGUCAGCGGCAUCACCACAGAGCGCUGUGGGCAAGAGAACAUAGUGGCCUACGCUGCUUACUGCCAGCUGGAAGCAGAGCUGGACAGACCUAUAGCAGGCUAUGCCAAUCUGUGCCCUGCCAUGAUCUCCUCUCAGCCUCAGGAGUUUGAAGGGAUGCUGUCCACAGUCAAACAUGAGAUCAUCCACGCUCUGGGGUUCUCAGCUGGUCUGUUUGCCUUCUACCACGAUGACGAGGGCAAACCUCUGACUCCUCGAUUCACCAGCGGCCUGCCCGCCUUCAACGAGAGCCUGGGUCUGUACCAGUGGAGUGAGGCAGUGAUCAGGAGGGUCAGCAGGCUGUGGGACAUCAGAGGAGGAGUGAUGGUCCGACACCAAGUCCACGUCCUCGUCACUCCCCGAGUCGUGGAGGAGGCGAGGAGACAUUUUAACUGUCCCAUCUUGGAGGGGAUGGAGCUGGAGAACCAGGGAGGGACAGGGACUGAGCUGAACCACUGGGAGAAGAGACUGCUGGAGAACGAGGCGAUGACGGGCUCCCACACUCAGAACCGGGUGUUUUCUCGGCUGACGCUGGCCAUCAUGGAGGACAGCGGCUGGUACCGAGCCAACUACAGCCUGGCUCAGAGGCUGGACUGGGGCCGCGGCCUCGGCUGUGACUUCGUCAUGAAGAGCUGCAAGUUCUGGAUGGACCGACAGAGACAGAGACGACACUCUGUGACUCCGUACUGUGACACAGUGAGAGCGUCUCCUCUGCAGCUGACCUGCAGACAGGACCAGCUGGCUGUGGCCGUCUGCAACCUGCAGAAGUACCCACAGGAGCUGCCGCUGGAGUACCAGUACUUUGAGAGGAUCCCUGAGGUGUCCUCGGAUGAGCUGUCGAUGUUUGGCGGCGCCGUGGAGAUCGCUGACUUCUGUCCCUUCAGUCAGGAGUUCAGUUGGCACCUGAGCGGAGAGUAUCAGAGGAACUCAUACUGCAGAGUGUCAGAGAACCAGCCAGACUGGUGGAGGAACUACGGAGCAGAGCAGUACGGACCGGACUCCGUGUGCCUGUACCAGAAGUCCGCCUUUGUGAUGGAGCAGUGUACCAGGAAGAUGACGUACCCUGACUGGGGCUCCGGAUGCUACAAGGUGUGGUGCUCGGCUCAGGGCCUGACGGUGUUCGUUCAGGAUCGCUCCUUCGUCUGCGUCCGGAAAGGUCAGCUGCUGAGCGUCAGCGUGCGAGUCAACGACUGGGUUUACAACGGCGUCCUGAUCUGCCCCGCCUGCACCGACUUCUGUGACGACUGCCCCCUCCCACACCAGCUCCCGCCCAUCAACUCCUCCAGGAGUCACCCCAUUGACCCGUGCUCCAGCUCUCCAGGUCUGGCCAUCACUCUGUGGCUCCUGCUGCUCAACCUGCUCCCCCUGGUGGCCGGACUGCUGCUCUGCCACUGCAGCUGAUAAAACACACUUAACACACACUAAACAGUGAGGUAGCUUAACACUCAUCUGGAGUCCUCUGAGAAUCUGGACCACACAUCUUUAUUUCCUCACUCUGUCCUUUUCCUUCUCCUCCCUGUUUCCUUCCUCUCUCUUUCAUUCCUACUGUGAGUUCUUCUUCUUAGUUUCCUCCAUCAUUCCCUCCUCAGGACCUCCUCUCCUUCAUUCCUCAGCUCAUCUCAUCUCUAACUCUGUCAGGGAUCUUUCUGCUGAUCAUGACUGGAUGAUAUCGGUCUUUUUAUCGGCUCGUGUUGCAGCUGGUUCCACAGCUCUCCAGCUCCCGAUCAUCCUGCUUCAUCACAGCCAGUUUUAUUCCUUCGUGCUGCAGUGACAGAGGAUCAGAAGAUCUGUCCUCUGCUGAUCUUUCCUUGCUUGAAUACAUGUGAGGAUGAAGAGGAGCUCCAGCUGCCUGCCGUCUGCAGUCUAACACUAAAGCGAGUUUCUGCACCCGGACGCUUCUAAAGCAACAAACACUUUUUUAAAACAUCAGACUUUUAAGCUGAAAGGUCAGCGUGCUUCCUCUGAAUGAGACGUGUGCAGUGUGGUGCCCUCCGCUGGCAGCAGGAGGUAACUGCUCAACUUUUUAAAGUUCAAACCAGAACACUUGUAAAUAUAAAUACGACUCUUUCCUAAGAUGCACUCCUGUUUUUAGAGGCAGGUGACGGAGAAAGUGUUGCCUGAGUUUCAUUCCCUCUUUUGCUUUGAGCAGAUUUGCAACAUUGUGUGAAUUUAGGGACGAAGAGUCGAGUGUGUUUCAGUUGAAAAUCUACAGAAGAAGACGCAUUCAGUUUCCUACAUGACAAACAGCAGGUGCUGUUGGGGGUCAGAGGUCAUAGCGAAUGUGUGAACACACAAAGUGACAGAGAUGCUCUCUUCGCGUUUUUAGUUGGACUAAUAAACCAAGUUAACUCACAAAACGUAAAGAAAGGAACAUAAUUUUCUUACUAAACAGAAAAUACAACCAACAGCUCAUCUUUCCCCUCCAUCACUUUGCUUUAGACCUCAUGUGAGAGUGCUGCUUUAGUGACACGUCGUUGGCAGCUGUAGUAUUAUUUUUUAGUUUGGGUCCCACAGCAGGACACGUGAUGCUGAGGGUGUUUUAUUUUUUAUUUUACUAACUUUUGUGAAUGAAGCAGAGAGGAGUAGGAAGCCUUACAGAGCAUUAUGUUGGUGUUGAUAUUAUCACAGAUGUUCACGUGGUUCUUGAAACGAGCCGAUCGUGUCAGGUUUUUGCAGUGAAGAGAGUUUAGUGAAUCUGACUUGAAACAUUUGUACGAAAAAGUCUCAGUGUCCUCGGCUCUGCCGUCUCCCUCUCAUCUUCAGACUAAAAGUAAAUCUUGUUUUUGGCGACUAUAAAAUAAAGCAAACUGACGUCGUAUUUGGGACAACUCCCGACGGAUUCUGACUCCAGGAUUUUUGUCUCAGAUCUUAAAUCAUGAUUGUUUGUAGAGAUGCACCGAUCCAGCUUUUUCAGUUUCAAUUCCGAUCCCGAUGCUGUGGCUUUGAGUAUCAGCCGA